AAUUUCAGAUACAAUGGCAAGUCAACAACCAAAAAUCAAACACCAGUCAGAGGUGACUAGUAGCUUGAAGGCCGAGGAAAAUGUAAUUCCUGAUUUACUAGGGAAUUCACUCGAUAAAGAGUAUAUGACGAGUGGCGAGUACAUGCGCAGUCUCCGUGAUCGGCUCAGUCAGUGCGUCCAGAGAAACAACCGGGACAUCCAGGAGUCGGUGAAGCUACUCAAGGAAUUGUCCGAUGUGAGCGAUGGCAUGCAUCUGGCGAUAACCACCAGCACCAACACCCCCAAAAUAAAGAACCUAAUCAGGAGCUUCGAGACGAUCGGUACUGCCAACACAACGAAUUUGGGGUUGGACAAGCAGACCAUUGAUACGACCGAGAUCCGUAGCCUAUUUCUCGAGUUUAAAACGCUCAACGACGAUGACUUGCUUCGCGAUUGUCUGAUGACUUUCAAGAGUGCCAAGGAGAAGUUUGAGAAGGUGCAAAGUUUCUUUGAAAAUAUGGUCGGUAGCGGUGCUACCGCCCCGUCCGCCCCAUUCACCGCAUCCCCCGAAUCUGCUGUGCCCGCCGCAUCCGCCGCCCCCACUCAGUACGCGCCUCCCGCUCCGCAGACAAAAAAGCUAUCGCCCAGCAACAGCGUGAGUCCCACUAGCAGCGUCAGUCCCAGCCUUCGCGACAAGAUCGAGGCAUUCAACAAGGCGCUGGGGGAUGGCAAGGAUACGUCCAAGUACUUUGAGGACUGCUUCAGCACCCGCGAUCCAGCGACAGAGGCUUCCGUCGAGGAGAUGAAGCCGUCGACACGGCGGUCGCGCACCCAGUCUGGUUAUGAGGGCGAUAUCGACAGCGAAGCCGAUCAAGCCGAUAGUACUAGAGGCUAAGUUUAAUGAUAUGAUAAAUCUGAUGUCUAAAUUUAAAAAUUUCGACGAGAGAAGAUAUUUCUAAUAGAGUUUAGUAGAACCACAA